UACACCGUCAUCGCGCAAAAAGUGCAUCACAAAGCCCGGCCGCCGAGAAUGCACCGUAUUUAUACCAACAACAACCGCAAAAACGAUAAACAGGUGAAAUUUGCAAUCGGCAAAGUGCGUGCUUAAAAUUCGAAUUCCCCCGCAAAAAUGGAGCCCCCGGCUUCGAAGGAGAUCAAAAUCAUCGUCAAAUGGAGCGGCAAGGAGUAUCCGAUCGAGGAUCUGACGGAUUACGAUACGGUUGCGGUGCUAAAGCACGAAAUCUUCAAGAAGACACAGGUGAAGCCCGAACGGCAGAAGCUUCUCAAUCUGAAGUACAAGGGCAAAUUCGCGACGGAUGAGGUACGUCUCGGUCUCCUGGAGCUGAAGGCCAACUUCAAACUGAUGAUGGUGGGCUCGCUGGAGGCAGACAUCGAAGAAGCAUCAUCAAAGCCCGACGACAUCGGGAACGUUGUGAACGACUUGGACAACGAUGAUGACGAGAAGGUCCCACUUGAGAACAAGGAAGUCUAUCUGGCCAAAAUCAACAAGCGUGUUCGGGACUACAAAAUCAACGAGCUGAAUCCUCCGCGAGAGGGCAAACGUCUGCUGGUGCUGGACAUCGAUUACACUUUGUUUGAUCACCGAUCGGCUGCCGAAAAUGGAGCAGAGUUAAUGCGACCUUAUUUGCACGAGUUUCUGACAUCCGCCUAUCAGGAUUACGACAUUGCAAUUUGGUCUGCCACAUCGAUGAAGUGGAUUGUAGAGAAGAUGAAACUGUUGGGAGUCACGACUCAUCCCGACUACAAGCUGGUAUUCAUGCUGGACUCGGAGGCGAUGAUCACAGUCCAUUGUCCGGUGCGAGGAGUUAUAGAAGUCAAACCACUCGGGGUGAUUUGGGGCAAGUACAGUCAAUAUUCGUCCAAGAACACCAUCAUGUUCGAUGACCUGCGGCGAAACUUUCUCAUGAACCCCAAGUCGGGCUUGAGGAUCAAACCUUUCGCAGAGGCGCAUUUGAACCGUCACAAGGAUAAAGAGCUCCUGAAGUUAACCAAGUAUCUCAAAGAUAUCGCUGACAAUUGCAACGACUUUAACGAGCUGAACCACAAAAAGUGGGAAAGCUACAAACCGAAGAAGCGUCGUGAAACGACUGACGACUAGGGGAAGGCGAAGGUUUGCCCGGAUGCAGAGGAUGGCCUUAUUCCAUGAAUGCUUUAAUUGAUUACGUUUCGAUUAGUUAUUGGUUACAAAUAAAAGGUACUGCAUUUAAAUUCUA